GAGCGGACCACGUGGUCACGGACUGGCAGAGCUGUGCCCAGCAUGAUCAGCCAGCCCGAGAAGGCACGGCCACGGCACAGGCGUGAGAGUUACGACGAGAAGUGUGAGCGGCGCCAUGAGACGCGGGAGAACCUGCGGCACCGAAACAACCUGACGACCUGCCGCCGCCCCAGGAGGGGAACCGAGGAGCCGUCGCAGAGCCCCCGGCAAAGGGAGUUCCUAAGGAGGAGAAACCUGGCGAGCGAUGCUGGAAGGAUGCCGCCGGGACAGGAGCCCGAACCAUGUGUCCCCCUGGACCCCUCCUCAUGGGUGGAGCCGAGACCACCCGUCCUGCUCCAGCACCCAUGGAGCUGUCCCACGUUCCCGUCCACACACUCCCCGCUGAGCCUCAGUGUCUCCCUCGGCAUCUCGGAAGGAACCAUCCCCAGGCAAGGUGCCUCCAAGAACACCCAAGGAACCCAGACCCUUCCAAAUCCAAGUGCAGGAGUGAAAGACUCGAGCCAGCAGACAGAUUGUGGAAUAGCAGUCUUAAAUAAGGAAAUGGUGCAGCUGUCCAACUACCUGAAGGAGGCCCUGCACCGCGAGCUGCUGCUCAAGCAGAAGAUGGUGAUUUUGCAGGAGCUUUUCUCCACGCUGCUGCAAGCGUCAGAAAAAUCCUGGCAGGGUCAGCUGAACGAAGAUAAACUGAAGUGUAAACUAAGGGCACUUGAAAAUCAGCUGCAGGCCUGCACCCAGAGUUACUCAAAGGAGUGUGUGAAGAAGAUCCUGAUAGAGAUGGAGGACCAGAAGCAGACCUACGAGCAGAAGGCAAAAGAGGCUCUUCAGAAGAUGCUGGAAGAUAAACUCCAAACAGAGCAGCAGCUGCAGAACUCUCAGAGAAGCCUGGCAGCGACGAGGGAGGACCUUGCCUUCUGGAAAGAGCACUACGCCACGCUCAAAGCCGAACUGACCAAGACGACCACGGCGCACACUGAGCUUGAGAACAGCUUCCACGUUUUGCAAAGCAAACUGCAGCGAGCGGACGCGCAGAACGAGCAGCUCCUCCAGGCCCUGCGCAGCCUGCAGAGCGAGCACGCCGCGCUGCACCGGCGAGCCAACGCCUUGCGGGAGGACAACGACCUGAAGGCUGAGCACAUCAGCGCCAUCAAAGAUAAAUUGCAAAAAGAACAAAAUCAGAAGGUAACGCUGGAGGCAACAAUCAGCCAUUUGCACAACCUGAUACAGAACCAGACCAACGAACAGAAGACCCAGGAGGCGACAGGGCAAAGGAAAGACCAGGUUUUCACCACGCAGACCCCACCUCUCACUCCUACCAAGGAAAACCCAAACGCUCUGUUAGAGCACCCCGAGGAGGAGGAGGGAGAAGAAAGUCUGAAGGAUGAGAUGCAGAAAAGGACAUCCCAGCUUACAGCAAAGGAGAACGAGGUACAUAUGGACAUACAGGUAGCAGAAGUAAAAAUUCCCCGUCACUGCAGUGCACGUGCAUGGGUGAAGCGCUGCAGCCGCUGCGGGAGCCCUGCCACUCUCGGUGCGUACAAGAGUGAGGGGAUCCCUCCUGCUAACGGCCCCUCGCUCUGCUUGCAGUGCACGGAGCUGCGCUCGGAGCUGGAGGCCCUGAGCGAGGAGUACCGCUCCUGCCUGACCAGGCUGCGCCAGUGCCGGGACGAGCUCAACCACUUCCAGAGCAAGCAGGCAAAGAGACGGUGCGGUCACUGGAUCCCUCUCCUGGUGGCAGUGAUAGCAAUGGCCAUAGCCACCUUCCUCGCAAGUUACAGACCAUGAAGGACCUUCUUGAUGACCGACUUCACUGCAGGAACCGACUUCUGCUUCACCAACAGCAACGCGCCCUCGCCUCAGUGCACCGUCUGCUGUUUUGUACUUGUGUGUUUGGUUCGUAUCCUGAGCUGGUCUCGCU